GGGAAGUCGAAAAAAAUGGGCGCUACAAAGAACGGCAAGACACUUUUGGGGUCCGAGAACCUGAUCAUCGAGGUCGACGAGGGUAAAGUGCGAUGCAAGCAGUAUUCCUGGUACUUUGCCCCCACCUAUCUGCUCUUCUGGGUGGGGCUCUUCUUUGCCGUCAUCUACCCACUCUUCCAAGCUCUGCCCACGGGCAUCAGGAUCUCAGAGGAGGCGGACAAGCCGGGACAAUUUGUGGCCGAGAGAGCUCAGGAAAUACUGCUGAAAAUCAGUCAAAUGGGACCGCGAGUGGUGGGCGAUGUUAACAAUGAAGUCACCGUUGUUAAUUUGCUGCUCGAGGAAAUAGAAAAAGUUCGCCAGGUAUUGCGUGACGAUGUCUACGAUAUGGAAGUGGAAGUGCAACGGGCAUCCGGUUCUUAUUUGAUCAAAGGCCUUACAAAUCACUAUCAGGGCGUGCAGAAUGUGAUUGUUAGACUGAGUACGAGGAGUUCGAACAGCACUUCUUACCUUCUGGUCAAUAGUCACUAUGACACGAAGCCGGGGUCACCAGGUGCCGGUGAUGAUGCUGCCAUGGUUGUUGUAAUGUUGGAGGUGCUACGACUGGUGGCCAUUUCAGGGGAUCCAUUUCUUCACCCCAUUAUAUUCCUUUUUAAUGGUGCUGAAGAGCAGCCAAUGCAGGGUUCCCAUGGUUUUAUCACUCAACACCGAUGGGCUGCCAACUGCAAGGCCCUUCUCAAUCUGGAUUCUGCCGGUGCUGGUGGACGCGAUCUGCUAUUUCAGGGCGGUCCCAAUCAUCCCUGGCUAAUGGAACAUUACAGAAACAGUGCCCCACACCCAUUCGCCACCACGACGGCGGAGGAGAUGUUCGAGGCUGGCAUCAUACCGUCGGAUACCGAUUUUCGGGUCUUUCGGGACUUUGGAGUGGUGCCAGGUUUGGACAUGGCUGGGGUCUACAAUGGUUUCGUCUAUCACACGAAAUUCGAUCGAUACACGGUGAUAAGCCGCGAUUCCCUGCAGAAUUCUGGCGAUAAUUUGUUGGCCCUGGUUUGGAGUAUUUCGAAUGCUGAGGAAAUGUAUGACACUGAGGCUCACGCUUCUGGACAUGCUGUGUUCUUCGACUUCAUUGGACUGUUUUUCGUCCAUUACCAGGAGUCGACUAGCUUGGCCCUGAAUCUCUCCUUCUCCUUCGGGGCCAUUUUCCUGGUCUGUGUUUCACUGUGGCGCAUGUCGAGGGUUACGGAGCAAACGCUGGGCACAUAUGCCGGUGCCUUUGGGCUUCUAUUUCUCCUGGCUCUUGCAGGUGUACUGCUCGCUUUGGCUUUCCCCUUACUCAUGGCCACAUUCUACGAUCUGGGCAAUAGAACUUUGACUUACUUCACCAACAGUUGGCUGGUCAUUGGCCUGUACAUUUGCCCCUCGGUAAUAGGCCUCGUUCUACCAAUGACUCUCUAUCUGAAUUUCAAGAAAAGUAACAAGAUACCCCAUACCUACUACCUGCACAUUGUGGGACAUGCCAACUGCGUUCUUUUGGCCAUUUUGUGUUUGGGGGCUACAGCUCUUAAGUACCGUAGUGCCUACCUCUUCCUGAUCUCUCUAAUAUUCUACGUAGCUGCUUUGAUUAUUAACCUGCUGACCCGUCUUCAUUGUCGCGGCUACUUGUGGUCCCUGGUGUUGAUUGUUUUCCAGAUAAUACCCUUCAUAUACCAUGCCUAUUUGUUCCACAUGUUCAUACUUAUUCUCAUUCCGAUGUUCGGUCGCUUUGGGGUCUCCACAAAUCCCGAUUUACUGAUAGCUGCUCUUUGUGCUUUUGGCACAAUUUUGGCUCUGUCCUUUGCGGCUCCCCUGGUCAACAUUUUCCGUCGACCCAAUUGGAUGCUGGGAGGAUUGGCCGUGGUUAUGUUUAUUUUCUGCAUGAUUACCGUCUCGGAUGUGGGAUUCCCUUAUAGGGCCAAAACGAAUGUGAUGCGUGCCGACUUUAUGCAAGUGCAUCGCAAGUUCUUCGAGUACGAUGGUUCCAUAAGCCUCGAAGAUUCUGGCUACUAUUUCCACCUGGGUGAUCGCAGGAAGGAGGCGCCUCUCCGAGAUCACAUGAAUCUGACCGACUUGGUUCUCCUUGGCGAGGACUGCGACUCGGAGUUGAUGUGCGGAAUUCCCUGCUACCGAUAUUGUACUGCCCGCAAAAAUGCGCAUUGGUUGGCACGAGAGGAACCCGUGGAACUGCCUUAUCCUACGGUUUUGGAGUUCCUUAACAAGACCAUUCUUCCCGGCGGCUAUCAGGUGCGUUUCGACUUCCGACUGACUGGACCUCCGAACAUGGGUCUGUUCUUCAAGCCCGUGGACGGCGUAAGAUUGCUUCGAUGGACAUUUGCCCCCGGGAUGUUGGAUAACCCAGCCACUUACAGGCCUCCCCUGGAGGUGAUGUUAACCUACGGGAUUGAUAGCACGCCCUUUGAGUUUUUCGUGGAGUUUUCGAAGGACAAUGGCAACUUUGAUGAGCCCGUCUUCGAGAUGGGCGUGUCCGGGCAUUACGUGAGUCCCCAUGACAAACGAGAUGCGCUGAGCGAAGAGUUCCUGGCCACACUUCCGGACUUUGCCUUCUCCAUGCAGUGGCCCGCCAGCUACGAGCGCCAUAUAUUCUAAUGUAAUUCUAAGAUAGAUGAUAGGAACAGUAAGUCAAUAGAAGGGGAUCAAACAUUGGAUGCUGCAUUUCGAAAUGUGCCGCUAGACAAACAU